AUGAUGAGGUCCUCAAUCUGGGCCGCAUUCUCAUGGCGCGCCCUCGUCUUCUCACUGCUCUGGACAGCCGUGAUAGCCAAGCAAGACAAGCCAGCGGUCGACGUUUCUGUCGCCAAGCACCCUCCUCUGAACUUGAAUUACUUCGAGGACAGCGAUGUCAUCGUCUUCCAAGAUAUCGAAGAGAGAAAUAUCUGGAGGUCCGAAGAUGCAGGCAAAACAUGGGCGCAAGUUUCCAACAUCCCUGAUCGAAGCGCAGUCUUCCUGUACCUCCACCCGUUCGAUUCCCAAACCGCCUUCGUCCUCACCAAAGAUCGAAAGCACUACAAGACCGAGGAUCGUGGCAAGAGCUGGAGUGAAUUCAACAGUGGUUCGAUGCCUAGUGCAUUCCAGCCAAACACUCUAGUGUUCCACGCCGGCGAUCCGAAGCGCAUCAUCUUCAAUGGCAUGAACUGUGAUGGAAUUUUCUGCGACGAAGAGACAACAUAUACUACCGACGGAUUUAAAUCUGUCAACAAGCUACGUCCCAGCACCUCGGGCUGCUGGUGGGCCAAAACGAACCGAGAAUUCACCACUGGCGAUGCCGAGUUGGACAAGACUCGAAUUCUUUGCAUCGUCACUGAUCCAUUGAGUCUGUUCAAGACUAGCCAGAAGCUUUGCGUUUCCGACAACUUCUUCGCCAAGAGCAGUGGUGGAAAAUACGAUGAGUUUGAGCCUAGCUUGGAUGGUCACCGUGAUGUAACCGGCGUUGUUAGUGUCGCAGCAGUCAAGAGUUUCGUCCUCCUAGCCUCGUCGUCUGUUGGUAGUGACGAGAUGACCCUCUUUGUCACGAGCAACGCUCAACAAUGGCACCGGGCCAUGUUCCCAACGGACGACAGCCAUGACCAUUCUCACAAGAUCAACCAAGAAGCUUAUACUGUGCUCGAAAGCACCAACUACAGCAUCCAGGUCGAUGUCAUGACCUCCCACCCAUCCACCCCCAUGGGUGUCAUUUUCACCAGCAAUUCAAACGGCACAUACUUUACGGAGAAUGUCCCCUACACCAAUCGCAAUGUUAAGGGCAAUGUCGAUUUCGAGAAGAUCAGCGGGAUCCAGGGUAUCUUCUUAGUCAACACGGUCGAAAAUGGCAAGGAUGUCGACGGAAAGAACGCGAAGAAGGUUGUUGUGACACAAAUCACGUUCGACGACGGCAGGACCUUUGAGCCAGUCAAGGCCGGUGAGGAUCGCAUUCACCUGCAUUCGAUGACUGACAUAGAUAACAUUGGACGCAUCUUCUCGAGUCCGGCCCCCGGUCUUGUGAUGGGUAACGGAAACACUGGCGCUUCUCUUGGCGAGUUUGCCGAUUCCCAUCUUUUUGUCUCCGACAACGCUGGCCUGACAUGGAAAAAGGCACUGGACGGUCCUCACAAAUAUGAGUUUGGUGAUACAGGCAGCAUUCUGGUUGCUGUCAGGGAUUCUCUCAAGGAGGAAGUCGACAAGGUUUCUUACUCCUUGGACUAUGGAGAGAAGUGGGAAUCCGUCCCGCUACCUGAUGGUCUGAAGGUUCGACCUGUCAUUCUUACAACUACCCAAGACUCGACCAGUCUCAAGUUCUUACUUGUUGGUGAGAAGAACAGAGCAUACCACAUGAUUGCCAUUAACUUUGAGGGUAUGGAUAAACGUACUUGUGAAAACAAGGAUAUGGAGUCGUGGUACGCCCGUGCCGACGACAAGGGAGAGGCUACGUGCAUAAUGGGCCAUAAGCAGACAUACAAUCGCCGCAAGAAGUCAGCAGAUUGUUUCUUGAAGGCAGAUUUCCGGGAUCCCGAGCCUGUUAUUGAGAACUGCGAAUGCACAGACGCCGACUUUGAAUGCGACUACAACUUCCAGCGAGAUCCCGAAGAUAACAAAGUCUGCAAGAAAGCAGGACCUAUUCCUAUCCCCGAAGGCUCCUGCAAGGGUAAGGACGAGUCUUUUAAGGGAUCAUCUGGCUGGCGUCUUAUUCCUGGAAACACCUGUACACGCAAGAGUGGCGCCCAGAAGGAUGACCCAGUCGAGCGCAAGUGUUCCGAUGGUGCCAGUCCAGGUAAUGGGCCAACCCCUGGUGCCCCAGCCAGCGGCGAUAUUUCGGUUAAAGAGAGUGAGUUCGCAGAUGUCACGGGGCAAGACAUGCAAAAAUUUUAUCUUAUGGGCGACGAUUCUGGUGGCUCAUCGGAAGAGGUUGUCAUCGCUCGGCCCAUGGGAGAGAAAACGCCCGAUGGCAAAGUUGAGGUUGAAAAUAAGCUGUGGAUCACUUCAGAUCAUGGCAAGAACUGGAAGCGCAUACUCGAAAAGGAAGAUAUUCUGAACAUUAACCCUCAUACAUUCUUCAAGGAGGUUGUCUUCUUUCUUACCAAGUCCAAGAAGGUCAUCUAUACCGUUGACCGUGGCCAUAGCUUCCACAGCUUCGAAGCACCCUUCGCUGAUCCUAACGCUCACAUCAGUUUCCACCCUGACAAGAAGGACUGGCUAAUCUGGCUUGGCAACCGUUGCGAUGACAUCUCAGGAAGCAAGGACUGCUACCAAGAAGCUUCGCUUUCCACCGAUCGGGGCGACAAUUGGAAGACUCUGCAGCGAUAUGCAACCAAGUGCGAGUUUACAGGAAACUCCGCUUUCAAGUUCCGCGCGCAGAAUCAAAUUGUUUGCCUUGUCCACAAAGACGAGGAUGCCAAGAAAGACAAGACUAUUGUCACCAUCGAAGACUUUGCCCCUGAAGACAAAAUCAUCCACAACGGCACCGUGGCAGCGUUCGCGACCAUGAAUGAGUUCAUCCUUGCUACCGAUGAGGUUUCUGCGGAUGGCAAGGACAAGGUCGGCCUACAGGCCAUUGCUAGUAUGGAUGGAGAGCGAUUUGAAUCAGCUAGAUUUCCUGAUAACUUUCACGACUCUCACUCAUCGUUGUACACCGUCCUCGACAGCUCCAACCAUGCUGUCAACUUGUUUGUCGCUACCGAUCUUUCUGAGGGCAACCGCCGUGGCUCAAUCAUCAAGAGCAACUCCAAUGGCACAACAUAUGUCCUGAGUGCCUCCAACGUCAACUCUGAUGAACUCGGAUACGUGGACUUUGAGAAGGUUGCCGGUCUCGAGGGCGUUACUCUCAUCAACACCGUUGCAAACCCCGAAGAGAAGAAGGGUAAGAAAGCGAUUCAGACCAAGAUUUCUCACAACGACGGUGCGGAAUGGACCUUCCUGGCACCUCCUACAAAGGAUGUGGACGGAAAGUCGUAUUCAUGCAGCUCUCUAGGAGAUGGCAAAUGUGCCCUUCACCUGCACCACUACACCGAGCGGGAGAACAAAGGCAGAACCUUCUCUGCAAGCACCGCUGUUGGUAUGAUCUUUGCCUACGGAAACAUUGGUUCAAGCCUUGGAGACGUCAAGGAUGCCGAUACUUUCAUGUCGGCUGACGGUGGCAUCACCUGGAAAAAUGUCAAGAAGGGCGUCUGGACUUGGCAGUAUGGAGACCAGGGUUCUAUCGUUGUGCUCGCACAACGUGCCACUCGCGCAAACAGUGUCAAGUCGAAGGCGGUCUCUUACUCGGUCGAUGAAGGCAAGACUUGGACCGAUCUUGAGUUCAGCAAGAAAGAAGUCACUGUCCAAGAUUUGACAUCCGUUCACAGUGGAACUUCUCGGAACUUUUUGGUCUGGUACCGAACAGACGACAAAAAGAUGUUUGCUGCCAAUCUUGACUUUUCCGGACUCACAAAUCAACCCUGUAAAGAUGCAGACUACGAUCUCUGGUCCCCUAGACACCCUCUCCAGGAAGACGACUGUCUCUUUGGUCACAAGGCCAAGUACCUCCGAAAGAAGGCGGACCGCAAGUGCUACAACCAAGCAAGCAUGUCACGUCUGCGAGAAUACGAAAACUGCGAGUGUACCCGAAGAGACUUUGAAUGUGCAUACAAUUUCGAACCCGACAACCACGGGCAAUGCAAACUGGUCCCAGGCCACGAUGCUCUUUCACGCCAGGAGUGGUGUAGCCAACAUCCCAACGAAACCACUUGGAAUGGGCCUUCGGCAUACAGACGCAUCCCAUUGACAACGUGUGACGGCGGCCAAGAGCUGGACCAGACCAACGACGAGUGGCCUUGCGAGGGGCAUGAGGAAGAAUACGAGCGUAAGCAUCGUGCUUCGGGCUGGAGUAUCUUCUUUGCCAUUGUUAUUCCUAUCGGAGUUGCGUUCGCAUUUGGCUGGUAUGCUUACCGCAACUGGAGUGGAAAGUUUGGCCAGAUCCGUCUGGGCGACAACAGUGCCACCUUUGACAGUGAGCAACCCUGGAUUAAGUAUCCUGUCAUUGCUAUCUCGGCAUUGGCGGCUGUGGCUGCUUCACUACCACUUGUUCUGACUUCCGUGUGGCGUUCCACCGCCGGGGUUUACGAGCGUGUGUCGAACCGAAGCAGAGGCGGCAACUGGUCAAGACGAUACACCACUCGAGACAGCUUCGCCCGAGGACGGGGUGACUACGCCGCUGUUGACGAUGACGAGGGCGAGCUCCUCGGCGAAGAGAGCGACGAGGAGGUCUAA